GAGUUGUAGCGUUCUCAACACAUCUAGACAAAAUGUCAAUUAGCGGAUCUUUUGGCGGAGGCCGUGGUGGCGGCGUAAGUUCAACAACAAUGAUGGUUGAGUCGUCAAAUGUGGGAAAGAUCAUAGGUCGUGGUGGAAGUAAAAUCAGAGAUCUAGAACAAGACAGUAAUGCCAGAAUCAAAAUAUCCAGAGAUGAGGAUGAGGAUGGAAUGAAAUCUGUUGAAAUCAGUGGAACAACAGAAGAGAUUGAAAAUGCCAAGAGACUAAUUGAAGAAUGCCUUAGUGGUGGAAGCCGUGGUGGUGGUGGCGGCGGUGGUAGAGGCUUUGGAGGUGAUGGUGGUGGCGAAUCUGAAACAAUUUAUGUUGAGUCAUCUGAAGUAGGCAGAAUCAUCGGUCGUGGUGGAAGCAGAAUACGAGACAUGGAAGCAGACAGUGGUUGUCGGAUAAAGGUGUCACGUGAUGGCGACUCAUCUGGUAGAAGUUCUGUUGAGUUAUCUGGGAGCAAAAACGCUAUUUCUGAAGCAAAAAGGCUUAUUCAAGAUGCUGGAGUUGAAAUUGUUAAUGGAAACGAUCGUGGCCGUGGUUGGUGAUUUAUUCAACUAUUUUCAGCAGAUAAAAGCAUCAAGGACUCACAAGAUUUUCAUCCAAGUUGCAAUGUCAUCAUUUUUAUUUUUUUAUUUUUUUUUUAGUAUAGUUACCAAGUCAUGUAUCAUUUAUCAUCCAGACCAGCUUAAAUUAUUUUUAAAUUCUCGGAAGAUUUGAGUCUUGCUCACUCGUGCAGAAUGUCAGAUGUUAUAUAUAAUUGGACUUAACCCCUGGAGAAAUCUAAUGUAUAUACUAUUCGCAAACUUGAUAUGUUCACUGAGCGACGCCAGAUUUUAAAGUAUUGGUCUUAUUGUUUUUAAAAUCGUGUUCAUUGUGCAUUUUAUGCUUACAAAUUUCCAGCUUUGAAUAAACACAACAAA